UUCUCUCGCUGUAAUUUAUGUUCUUCCUGUAAACAUAAUCAAUUAAUUUAAUAUUUUUACAAGGUUUAUGUUAUAUUUUCUAUUAAUUUUUUCGCAGCAUGUGAUAUGAACGUUCAUAAACGAUGCCAAGAAAACGUUCCGAAUCUUUGCGGAUGUGAUUACACCGAAAGAAGGGGAAGAAUAUUACUAAAAGUAACUGGUAUAAAUUCUAAACUCGUAUGUGAAGUAUGUGAAGCAAGGAAUUUGAUUCCAAUGGAUCCAAACGGCCUUUCUGAUCCUUAUGUUAAAUUGAAACUAGUGCCCGAUAACGGUGAUUCUUCAAAGAAGAAAACGAAAACGAUUAAGGCUUGUUUAAAUCCUCAAUGGAAUGAAACAAUCAGUUUUGAUCUGAAACCCGAAGAUAAAGAUCGUAGACUACUUAUAGAAGUAUGGGAUUGGGAUAGGACAUCGAGGAACGAUUUCAUGGGAUCUUUGUCCUUUGGAAUUUCAGAAAUCCUGAAAAAGCCUGCAAAAGGUUGGUUUAAACUUCUUACUGCUGAAGAAGGUGAAUUUUAUAAUGUUCCUGUACCACCAGAAGGUGUGGAUAGUUAUCAACUAAGCAAUGAAUUGAAGUCUAAACUUCCUCUGAGCUGUGAAAGGAAAGAGUUUUCAGAAAUUACAGAUAUUCCUCAUAAUGUAGGAAUGCAAGAUGCUAUCAGAGACAGUCACUUUUCUUUUCUGAAAGUACUUGGGAAAGGAAGCUUCGGAAAGGUUAUGCUUGCAGAACGUAAAGGAACUGAUGAAUUGUAUGCUAUUAAAAUAUUAAAAAAGGAUAUUAUAAUUCAAGAUGACGAUGUUGAAUGUGCCAUGAUAGAAAAGAGGGUUUUAGCCUUAUCUAGAAAACCUCCAUUUUUAGUACGAUUGCAUUCGUGUUUUCAAACAAUGGAUCGUUUAUAUUUCGUUAUGGAAUAUGUUAAUGGGGGUGAUUUAAUGUUUCAAAUACAACAGUGUGGAAAAUUUAAAGAACCCGUUGCAGUGUUUUAUGCUGCAGAAAUUGCCAUAGGAUUAUUUUUCCUACACAGUAGGGGCAUUAUCUAUAGAGAUUUAAAGUUGGAUAAUGUUCUACUGGAUGAAGAUGGACACAUUAAAAUAGCCGAUUUCGGAAUGUGCAAAGAAAAUAUCGUGAACGAUAAUACAACAAAAACUUUCUGCGGAACUCCAGAUUAUAUUGCACCAGAGAUCAUUCUGUAUCAGCCUUAUGGAAAAUCAGUAGAUUGGUGGGCUUAUGGAGUGUUAUUGUACGAAAUGUUAGUAGGACAGCCGCCAUUUGAUGGUGAAGACGAAGAAGAAUUAUUUGCUUCAAUUACGGAUCAUAAUGUAUCUUAUCCAAAGUUUUUAUCAAAAGAAGCAAAAGAUGUUUGCAAAGGGUUUUUAACAAAAAAUCCAGCGAAACGUCUGGGUUGUGGUCAUUCCGACGAGAAAGAUAUCAGAGGUCAUCCUUUUUUUAGGCGUAUCGAUUGGUUAAAGAUAGAAAGUAGAGAAGUACAACCACCUUUUAAACCUAAAAUUAAAGAUUCAAAGGCAGCAGAGAAUUUCGAUCCCAUCUUUACAAACGCCAGUAUGUCUCUGACACCCGCAGACGAAAUGGUGGUGGGUAGCAUGACAGGGAACGAGUUCCAAGGAUUCACCUUUGUCAACCCGUUUUUCCAUAAUCAAAGAACAAGUGAAAAAAUAUAAACUGAGAUCGUUUCUAUAUUUUUUUGACCAAUUUCAGCAUGGACAAUUUGCCUCAGUCCUCCUAUCCACAAUUCCAGUUUGAAAGUUUGAAUCCAUUUUACACUUUAUCCUUUUGGCUGCACCAGUUUUUUGACGAAACGGAUUAUUCUUUAUUCUCUCCCAAAAACAAAAACAAAAGAAAUAUAUAUAUACAUAUAUAUUUGGAGAGUAGGCGACAUUAGAAUGAAAUCCGCAAAGGUUUCAAGAAUGCAUUUAUCACUUACUAAGCGUAUGAAUUAAUAUUCAAGGUCAAUGGAGGUCGAUUCGUUUGAAUUUUAAUUUAUAUUUUAAUCCGAGGCCUUUUCUGUCGUUCGAAAUUACAAAAAUACGAGUGGAAACGAAAUUUUAAUAACUAAAAAAUCAGGAUUGCAUCACUCUAUACAUUGAAAUUUUUAAGGACAAAACGAGUCAGUCUUUUAUUUCAUUGUUUUUUUUAGUUAUAUAUUAUUGUAAGUGUGCCAAAUUUAAGGGGACGAUACCCAUUUUUUAUAUCUUAGAUCUGCUUCUGAUGACAAUCAGCAAGAAGCACUGUGAGGACUCCCGAGUGCUCAAUUCAAUACUCAGCUUUUGUUAAUUACGGGUUUUUAAUAAUAAUAAUAAUAACACAAGGGGCAAAAAAUAUAGUAGAAUAUUGUUCAUAUUUUAAAACAAAUUAUAUAUACUCAAACAUAUACACACUCAUAUACACACAACACAUUGAACAUAGUUAAAAAACAAUAACGGUAUAUGUAUGUAUGUGUACAUAAAUAAAUUUGCUCACUCAAGUUAAGAAUGAAAUUUUAAAAUCGAUCAAAAUAAAUUUUAAAAAAAGAAAUAUAUUAAUAUAAAAAAUUACAAAAUAUUUUAAAUUAUAAAACACGUGUAAUUUUGGGACUUACUACAUUAAAAAUAAAACCCUUUCGGAAGACCGAUUGUGCCAGGCUCAAUAAGGAAACAGAAUCCCAAUGAUGCUCCUUAACUUCCAGGUGGACAUUAUUAUCCGAGGAAUGCUCCUUAAGUGCUUUGUAAAUCUAUAUACCCAAUUAAUUUUCACUCCGUGUCUUCCAUUGAUAAAAAAAAAAAAAAAAAACCUCACCGUAUGAACGGCUACUCGACUGUUCCCAAAACACCUGAAGAAAA